AUGCUUUCGCGCCGUUCUAGCAGGACCUCUAUCAAACUCGGAGGGCCUAAAUCAACCUCGUCCCUGAGACCUUACCGAGCGGAUGGGCAGUAUGCUGGUUUCAAAGACGAGGACACUGCUUACAAUUCCGCGGUGACUGCAGCUGGUGUCGCCUUCGAUCGUACGAAAGAACACAAGCACGGCAUUUCAAUCCAAGGAGCUCAUCAUAUGCCAACAGAGCCUGAGAACAAGCCGAAUAUCAAUAGACGGAAGAGUAUACGAUUUGCUGGGCCCUCCGCGGUACCUACAAGAAAUCAGUCCAUCACUCGCCGAAGUGCAAGAAGUUUUAGACCCUCAGCAAGUCCACGGGAUAGCUCUCUUCAAACCGACAGACUUCCUGCAGACGCGGGCAAAUCUGCAGUUCAAAGCUUCGAAACGGCCUCAUUGGACGAUGAGGAGUCUACCGAGCAGAACGUUGUGUUGAAGCCAUCAUCUUACAGAAAGCUUAAGAAAGCCAGAUCUAUGUUCGCGCCUGGCCAGGUAUCAUCUGCUGCCUUGCCUAGAAUAAAUGAGAAGGCAGGGCGCCAUUUCCGUCGCCAAUCUGCAAGGUCUUCGGAAAGCCUUGAAGAAUCAAAAACAUUGCCAGACCGGCGCCUUCGAAAGUCAUAUUCUUUUCUUCGACGUGUAGCAGACAAUCUUCCAACAACUCCUCAACAGGAUCCGCAAAGUGACGAGGCUGUGCGACUCGCGCGUGACGAGUACCUGCGUCAAUUGCAGCAACAGCGACUCAAGGAGCAGUCUUCUUUGCUCAACUUAGCCAAGCGUAAUGGACGUCGAAAACCCUUUCGUAGGAAUCUGAGAACGAGCGGUGCGAAUCCUUAUGGUAGCCCAGUCGCCUCAUCAAUUACCGAUUGUGAGCAGAGCAAAUCUGUUCGGUUUGGUGAUAGAACUCGAAGGUUCUCUGUAAUUGUUAAAAACGGCUUCAAAAAGGUGUUUAGCAGACCGCCAGGAAACACGACUAGUAUACCUGCCCAACAUCUCGACGCAAGUCGAGCCUAUUUUGGCAAUACACAAGCACAUAUGCAGCACGCUGACCAAUUCUAUCCUCCGAUACCCUCUCCUGAUGCUGAGCUAUUGCAACGAGUCAAGUCGAGGGAAUCGGUCGGCCACCCUUCUCCACAACUCGUUGGGGAAGACUCGUCUGCGCGAAGUGUGGCAAGCCUCGAGGAUACAACUCGGGACAAAUCUCGCGUCACCAGUUGGACAGAUUCCACGGCAGCUAACACCAUACACAUGCCAGGGAAAGGAGGGCGGAAGCGCUUGUCAGUCAUUAAGGAGGACGGUGGGCCUCACCAGCCCUCGUCUUCCGCCAUAGUAUUUGAGCGUGUCGAUACGGGCUAUUCCGCAUUCAGCCAGCCGUUUAGACAAAGCGGUGGCAGAGCGCCGGAGCCGCAAAGGGUCUUUUCUGCACUUCAACGCGAGAUAGGUAAGAAGGACUCCAUGCCCCAGCUUGAUGAAAGUGAUCUGGAAGGCGAAUCCGCUUGGCACCCUCAAAGGACAAUUACGCCCCAACAUUCUUACCCGGAUCUGCCCCUGUAUCGUGGUAGUCACAAGGAUCACCCUGAGAUCGCUCGUCAACUUACGCCUCAAGACAUUGCAACAUUGAAUGAGUUGGACGUGCCCAAUCGUCCUCGAUAUGAGAGUGGCUCAGGCUUCUUUCCAGUUUACAAGCGAAUUGAGCAAACACAGAGUACUAGCCCUUAUCGGAAAGCCUUACAGUUGUCUGGUGCGAAUGAUGGAAAUGCCACCAGUAAUGGUGAUUUACUUCAUCAUUUACGGCAGCCCUUCGCAGGCGCUAACCGGCAAGUCAGCCAGAAUUCUGGGUCGGAAAGCGUUUAUUCACGGGCAUCAAAUGGUUACAAACCUUAUGCAAGCAUUAGCACACCGUCCCUAAUCAAAUCUGAUACCAAUAGCGAGCCUGGAACUGCAGUUGUUAUUUCUUCAGAGUCUCGGAUGUACAGCAGAUCGGUGGAUCCUUUUAGGCAAUACAGAGAAAUAUCAGAUAAGUCCACAAAAUCUAGCAGCGAGUGGAAAGAGAAACUUGCUUCAGAAAUAGCCUCUCUUGAUCGAUCGAGCUACGAAGACGAUAAGAUCUACGAUGCGUUGCCCGUGGCAAGGCGCGGACACAAGCGGGAAAAUGCACAGAUUGAUAACGUGUCUAGUCUCACAGCUGGGGUGGAGCCCCAUCUUCCAUCUGGCAGAGCUGUGCGAGACAUGGGCUUUACUCCUCCAGUGAUGCAAAACGGAAGGUCUCGACCUCGAAGAGAUAGGUCACCUCUCAAAGACAUUACUCCGCCGAAGGUGGUCAACAUGAUUCGCCAGAAUGAGAAUACACCUCCAUCUGGCAAAAGCAAUCAUCAAGGUUCCUCGGCUAAUCUAGCUCAAAGAUCCUCACAAUCUUCUCUCACUCCCCGAAAGGAGAAUGUGAAGGACUAUAUUAGUCCCUUGAAUCGAUCUGGCCUGGACCGAGCCGAGCCUCAUCGCCAUCUACACAGCAAAAGCUCGCCAUAUGUACACAGCGAACCAGAGAGCCUACCAGAUCUCGGAGUGAUGGUGGGUUAUAGGACAAAUGAUAAAGCAGUACGCGGCUUGGCUGGUUUAGUAACGCCGAAGCGCGGUUUUGUGAGUACCACCACUACACCAGACAUGCAAUUCAGUCAAGAAUUGCUGAUAGAGCGCUUCUUGAAGAACCGUAGCAAGGCUUAUGGAACCGGUGAGGAGGAUACCAAGGACGCGGCUUUUCUCUGA